AUGGAUGUCCAAGUGUCCGUACUUGGUGAUGCAUUCAGCUAUGGGGUCAUAUUACUGGAGAUGUUUACAGGAAAAAGUCCCAUUGAUAACAUGUUUAAAGAUGGUCGAAGUCUCCAUGAAUAUGUUGCAGCCGCGUGGCCUGAACGACUGAUGGAGAUUGCAGAUCCUUUAUUGUUCUUGGAAGAAGAAGAAGAGAUCAGAAAUAACAGAGAAGAAUCACCGAUUGUCCAUGAAAGGAGUAGAAGUGGCAUUAAUGCUAGAGAACAAAUCAGAGAAAGCUUGCUUCUUAUAAUUCAAAUCGGCCUCUCAUGUUCUAACCCAUCACCGAGAGAUCGGAUGACUAUGAAGGAUGUUGGAAACAAAUUGCAUGUUGUUAGAGAUUUAAUUCUUUGA